GAAGGUGGAGUGCCAGCUCUCUGCUGGCCCAGAGCUGUGGGAAAUGAUGGUGCCGCCCAGGCUUCCCUUUCCACCCAGGAAGGGGCGGGCAAGGGGUGUGGCUUUUGGUUCCCACCCCUCCAAGGCUUCAGCUCUGGGUAGGGCAACUCUGGCAGAGUGGCUGGGCCUGUGAGCCUGUCCAGGCCAGAGGCAGAAGAGCGUUUCUUUGAUCAAUUGAUCAGUCACUGACUUGGCGAUUGGACUGGGCUGGGGCUGAAUGCCGGCAGGAUCUCACCAGGAAGGGCUCCGUGUGAGCACACCACAAGACUCAAGGGGAGUUCCCGUGGGGCCAGAGAGUCCAGAGGUGCGGCAAGAGGACCCUACUCCAGGCCCCACGGACCCUAGCCCUGGGCCUUCCAGACCUCUGUGGGCCUCUCUGGGUCCUGAGCAUCUGGACUCACAGUGCCAGCCUCCAGUGGAUGAUGGGGGAGACAUCGGGACCCCUCAGGGUGCUAGGACUGUCGACAGUGAGCCUCUGCUAGGGGCCACAGCCUCCGCCAGCACCUGGCUCCUGCCAGUUGUAGGGGAGCAGGUGGAGGACCAUGGGCAGAAGGAGGAGGAGGAGGAAUGCCCCAUCUGCACAGAGCCCUAUGGGCCCAGUGAGCACCGCCUGACCCUGCUGAACUGUGGCCAUGGCCUUUGCACGGGCUGCCUGCACCAGCUACUAGGCACAGCCCCUGGCUCAGACCUGGGCCGUGUGCGCUGCCCUCUGUGCCGCCAGAAAACACCCAUGCUGGAGUGGGAGAUCUGCCGGCUGCAGGAAGAGCUACUUCAGGCCGACGGGCCCCAGCGCCCACCACCCCCUGCACCCCCCACUCCUCCUGGCCGCAGGCCAGGUCCCUGGGGCUCCCUCGAGCACCGCUACCAGCCACGCUUCCUGGCAGGGCCUGUGGGGAGCCGGGGUUGCCUGCCCUUCCUGCCCUGCCCACCCAGGCUGGGCAUCCAGCUGUGGGCACUGCGAGAUCGUGGUCCCUGUGCCCGCCGCCUGGUGCUGCUGACCCUCCUGGUGCUUGAGCUACUGGGGCUGCUGCUCAUCUUCACACCGCUCAUGCUGCUGGGACUGCUCUUCAUGCUUCUGGACCGUGCCAGCCGCUGAGCUAGGCUGGAUGGCAAGCUCAGGCUGGAGAGCCCAAGCUCAGACCCAGCCCUGGCAUUCCCCACAUCCCACACAAGGCGAUGGCCUGGGCAGACUGCCCAUUCCACCUGCAGCCCAGAUGCAAGCUGGGCCCAAGGACACCAUGCAAGGACAGCUGCUGGAGGAGACCAGGGCAGCAGGGAGAACUGUGAGCCAGGCCCUGUGCUGGCCAUGGCCCACUGAGCCAUGCUGCCCUCUUCUGAGACCCAGCUGAGGAGGGCAGCACAAAUGGCUGACACUCAGAAGGAGUGUGGCCUCUAGAUCAGGGUCAGUGUGUCCUCAAAGGUCAGGGGAGGGGCCUCCACAGCACAUGACUGAUCGAGACUCCGUACCCAGCCCGGUCAGGACCAGGGGUGACCCAAGGAAGCCAAGGGCUUAGCUGUGCUGGUUCCCAACACAAAUCCUGAGGCCUUCACCUGCAGGAUGCCACAGUCGUGGGCGAGUGGCAUGUGACUGAAGUGGGGUGUGGAGUACUGCCUGGUACAGGAAGUGGCUCUCAAUAAACAUCAGUUCCUGACACCA